AAAAGCAUAAAGUCAACAGUACGAAUAGUCUUUGUUUAAUUGCUAUACAAAAAAGAUAGCAAGUGCCACAAUUUGCGCGGCUGAAAUAUGUAGGAAUAGAAAGCUAGUGACUAAGAGCUAGAAAAUAAUAUCAAUUUCAAGUGACUUUAAAUGAUAAAGAAAAAAUUCGUGAAUUAUUGCAGAAACGUGAAAAAAAGUUAUCAAAAAAUACCAGGAUUAAGGCAUAAAAAAAAUAAUAAACAAGUUAUAGUCUAUACAUCAAUAGUUGAAAUAAAAUAAAUACAGUGUAUACCAAUUAAUGUCCGUUUGCGUAUCAUCAGCAUUAAAUAGUGGGAUGACAACUCAUGUAUCCCAUUUACACAUGACAUCAGCACUAUCUAUGAUGCAUCCAUUUCAAAAUCAUCAAAUGGCGCCAUCCACGAUCGAUAUGUCAUCAUCAACAUCAUCGUCGUCGCAUAAUCAAGUGCAUAUUCAAAGUCAAUCUUCACAAAAUUCAUCAUCAAAUGAUCCAAACGAUCCUAAUCCAGAAAUGCUGCUCGCAUUGAUAGCUAGAAAUAAGUCACUAGAAGCAUCAAUUCCUAAGUGCGGAGGCUGUCAUGAAUUUAUAUUAGAUCGAUUUAUACUCAAAGUAUCCGAUCGAACAUGGCAUGCAAAGUGUCUACAAUGUUGUGAUUGCCACACACAAUUAAAUGAAAAAUGUUUUAUUAGAAAUGGUCAAUUAUUUUGCAAGGAUGAUUUUUUCAAGCGUUACGGUACAAAAUGCGCAUCAUGUGAUUUAGGAAUUCCACCCACCCAAGUUGUUAGACGUGCACAAGACAAUGUUUAUCAUCUACAAUGUUUUGCGUGUGCACUAUGCUCACGACAAUUAAAUACUGGCGAUGAAUUCUAUUUAAUGGAAGAUCGUAAGCUCGUUUGUAAGCCGGAUUAUGAAGCGGCGAAGGCUAAAGGAAUGUACUUAUCUGAUGGAUCUAUAGACGGCGAAGGAUCAAACAAACGUCCACGAACAACGAUUACCGCGAAGCAGUUAGAGACACUCAAAAGUGCUUACAACAGUAGUCCAAAACCGGCCAGACACGUUAGGGAACAAUUAUCUCAAGACACGGGACUCGAUAUGAGAGUCGUGCAAGUUUGGUUCCAAAAUAGACGAGCUAAAGAGAAACGACUGAAGAAGGACGCUGGCAGGACCAGAUGGAGCCAAUACUUUAGAUCUAUGAAAGGAGGCUCGUCGCCUAGUAAACUUCUCGAUAAAGACGAAUUAAAGGUUGAUUUGGAUAGUUUUAGUCAUCAUGAUUUAAGUAACGAUAGCUAUAGUACCAUAAAUAUGGGAUUAGAUGAUGGAGCAUCGCCACAUAGUGGUCGCAACUCAUAUAUACACAGCAGUGCUAGUCCACCACCGUAUUUAUCUAGUCAUUCACCAAACCCAUUGAGUCAAAAUCAUCACUACUCAUAUCCUGACAACAUUGUUUAUACACCGCUCGAUAACCCAGUGAGUUCGAUGUUACAUCUACAGGGGAGCACAGUAAGCGAUUUAAGUAACGAUUCUAGUCCCGCUCACGGGUAUCCUGACUUUCCAGCAUCUCCAUCGCCAGAAUCAAUUUUUGGCGAGAAUGCGAGCUCAUCAGCACUCACGAACAACCCAACAAAUAAUCAAUCUUCAUCACAUUACUGAUAUCUAGGUUAGAUAGAUUAGAGCUAAAAAACCUAUAUCUAUACAUAAUGAAAACGAUACAUUAUAUUGGUGGCACACCUUUAAAGUCAAACAAUCGUUAUGAAUGGUAAUUUUGUACUCUACGUCUCAUUUUUUGUUAUCCAUUAUAUUUGACCAAAUACUUUAAUGUAGAGAGCACGCACGUAUACACACAGACAUGAGAACGUACACGAAUAAUUAAUAUUCAUUUACUUUAAUUUUUUCGUUGCUGCCACAAAAGUCUCGAAUAAAAAAAGAAAGAAUAAGGGAUGCAUAUGAGAAGUACAUUCAGUUUUUCAGUCCAGAAAAUUUUUAUAAUAAUAAAAAACAAAUGCUUUAUGACUCAUUCUUGAAAUAAUAGGAAGGAUAAUAAAAAUUUAUUAAAUGUUUCAAUGAAGGAUAUAAAAUAAAAGAAGAAGCGUUUCCAGUCAGUAUUAUCGCUCAUUAAAUGAAUUUUUUGCUGUGAGAGAAAUCUUUUAUUUUAAUUCCAUUUCGUUCUUAAGCUGGUGAUCAAAUGAAAGUAAAUUAAUGAGAAAGAAAUACCAAAAUUCAAAUGAUGAUAAAAACAAUUGAUAAGAAUUUAUUUUGAUCUUGUUAAUAAUGCAAAAAAAAGACAGUUUCCUAACUAUAAUUUUCAUGAUGAAAACUUAAUAAAGGAAUAAUAACAUUAAAUACCUUAAAAAAUAAUUGUAAAAGAGAAACAAGAAAAGAUAUUCAAGCCUGAGCCCUUUUCAAGAGAUCAGGUUGAUUGAAAAUUGUGCAAACAUUUACGAGUGUGUUUAUGCACAGUAUUUAUCUAAUUGUAAUAUUUUUUUCGAGAAC